CUGCCUUAUAGCUGGAGAUUAUGUUCAGUGGACUUUUAAAGGAGGAGCCCAUUCAUGACCUCUCAGACUGUGGUGUGGAGCAGAGGAGAACAAAAUACGUCUAAUCCAAACUGUAGCCUACUAGCUUGCUGAAGAUCGUGCUCUUUUAAACGGGACGGGGCUCUGAGAGAGAGAGAGAGAGAUCAUGGCUGGAUGUUGCAUGUCUGCGGAGGAGAAGGAACGGCAGAGGAUAAAUCAGGAGAUAGACAAACAACUGAGGAAAGACAAGAAAGACUCGCGUAGAGAACUCAAACUACUGCUGCUGGGCACAGGUGAGAGUGGCAAGAGUACGUUCAUUAAACAGAUGAGGAUCAUUCAUGGCUCGGGUUAUACUGAUGAAGAUAAGAAGGGCUUCAUUAAGCUCGUCCACCAGAACGUGAUCAGCGCCAUGCAGUCCAUGGUCAGAGCUAUGGACAUGCUCAAGAUCGCCUAUGCUAACUCAGACAACCAGGCUAAUGCUACACUGGUAAAUGAUAUUGAGGUGGAUAAGAUCAUGAGUUUGGAGGAGGCCCAAUUCAACGCCAUCCGGAGUCUAUGGAACGACACUGGGAUUCAAGAAUGCUACGACCGCCGCCGAGAGUACCAGCUAACUGACUCUGCCAAAUACUACCUGAGUGAUCUGGAUCGGAUUUCAGACGCAGCGUACGUCCCCACAGAGCAGGACAUUCUGAGAGUCAGGGUUCCCACCACAGGUAUCAUCGAGUAUCCCUUCGACCUGGAGAACGUCAUCUUCAGGAUGGUGGACGUCGGGGGUCAGCGAUCCGAGCGCAGGAAGUGGAUCCACUGCUUUGAGAACGUCACCUCCAUCAUCUUCCUGGUGGCUCUGAGCGAGUACGACCAGGUCCUGGCUGAAUGUGACAAUGAGAAUCGCAUGGAGGAGAGUAAAGCUUUGUUUAAAACCAUCAUCACUUAUCCUUGGUUCCAGCAGUCGUCUGUGAUUCUCUUUCUUAAUAAGACAGACAUCCUGAAGGAGAAGAUCGUGCACUCUCACCUGGCCACCUACUUCCCAGAAUUCACAGGCCCCAAAAACGACCCAAAGGCAGCCCAGGAGUUUAUUCUGAAGAUGUACCAGGAGCAAAACGAAGACAAAGACAAAUCCAUCUACUCUCACUUCACUUGUGCCACCGACACGGAGAACAUCCGCUUGAUCUUCGCAGCUGUGAAAGACACCAUCCUCAGACACAACCUCAAAGAGUUCAACCUGGUUUAA